CAAAAAUCUAAACCCUCCUUUCUUUCUGAUUCUACAACAGGAGAGAAAAAGCAAGCGACAGAGACGGAGAUGGCCGGAGAGGAAGAGACCAGCGAGUUCUACCUGAGGUACUACGUCGGCCACAAGGGCAAGUUCGGCCACGAGUUCCUGGAGUUCGAGUUUCGACCAGACGGCAAGCUCCGGUACGCCAACAAUUCCAACUACAAGAACGACACCAUCAUUCGUAAGGAGGUCUACGUCACGCCUGCCGUCGUCAGGGAGUGCCGUCGUAUCAUCUCAGAGAGCGAGAUCAUGAAGGAAGAUGAUGUGAACUGGCCAGAACCU